UCGAUUUGUUAUCAGUUUUAUCUUUCUCUUUUUACUCUUUUUUCUUUUCUUGAGCGGAAUCGCUUCUGCGGAUCACAUUACUUGAAUCUUUGUGAUUUGUUUUUUUCUACUGUUACCAUGACGAGACAGUUGUGUCGUGAAAAGAAAGUCGCGGUGGUGCCUGCUUCGGUCAUUCAACGCAAUCUUAAAAAGAAGGACGCCAAUAACCUCGACAUUCAACACACUCACUGCAGAAAGCUUCCAUCGCGGUGCAAAGCGUGCGUAAGUAAGAAGGAAGCCGUCUGUCUGUUUGACCAUUUUCGCGCAUUCAAAAAGGGCGCCAGUGGCGAUCCUAUCUAUAACCCGUAUUUCCCUUCCACCUCCGCUCCCGACACCCUUCAAGCCGUCCCAUGUCGCGUCAUGAUCGGCUCAGACCGUGAUCAGAAAAAGUACAUUCUAAGGACCAUCCGCAGUGCAUUCGUAAAGUUGUUGGAACAAGAUCUUGCCCUGUACGAUCGUUAUCGCGCAACCGUCCGUCGUCGUCCACCGGUGCUUCACAUGCUUCAUCUGUGUGAUUUCUGUGCGGCUGCAAUUUUCAAUAUCCAUUGGAUGUGUGCGGUGUGCGGUAUGGACAUUUGCCCCGAUUGUUUCCAUCUGCAGUGGGACAGCGACAAGAAAUAUCGAUCGAUCUCUCGUUGCACUUAUCGCCGAAUCCACACCAAAGGUCAUAUGAUUCCCGUGGUUAAACACACCCAAGAAGCAUUGUCACAGUUACGAAACGAUGCCAUAGCAAUGAAAAUGGAUGAUCCACUUCUCACAAAUGCCUCGAUUCCCCUACUAUGUAAUGAACCGGCGCCAUGCGAACACGAUACCAAUAUUGCCACGAUUGACUCCCUUUCCGCCAAUAACGACAAUAGGAUGGAAACCACUGAGGAUGAUAAAAAUGACGUGCUCGUGUUGCCCUACCAACAAAUGAGUUCGACUUUGUUUCAACAAGAAUGGAAAAAGGGGAAACCAGUCAUGAUUCAGCAAGUGGAUCAGAAAAGCCAAGCGGAUUGGUCACCAUCGUAUUUCAUCAACACGUAUGGCAACGAGAAGAUUGAUGCCAUUGAUUGCAGUACCGGUAUUUUUGAACCGUCAACGGUUCGGGAGUACUUUGAAGGGUUUGAUGAUCCAUCCAAGCGUGCAAGUUAUGACCCCACAAGCAAGACAUCGAAAACCCUGAAAAUCAAGGAUUGGCCGCCCAAAGACGAUUUCAAGAACCAAUUCCCCAUCCUGUACGAUGAUUUUAUGCGGAUGUUGCCUGUUCCCGAGUACUGCACGGCUGAUGGCUAUUGCAAUCUGUCGAACCGGCUUCCCGAUGACUUUAUUCGACCAGAUCUCGGGCCAAAAAUGUUUAUUGCUUACGGAUCGGUCAGUGGCGAGAAAGAUGUGGGCACCACGAAUCUCCAUUGUGACAUGUCGGAUGCCGUCAACAUUAUGUGCUACGCGUGUCAGGACGACGAUCAACCCGCCGCGGUAUGGGACAUUUUUCCCUAUGAAGCACUACCCAAGUUGCAAACGUUUGUUCAAAAGCUGGCGGUCGAGCAAGGCUUCAAGAAUAUUGGCCAUCCCAUUCACAGCCAAUGGAUAUACCUCAAUGAUCAAUUGCGUCAACGUCUUUUCGAAGAAUACAGCGUCAAAAGCUGGCGACUGUAUCAAAACCCGGGUGAUGCGGUUUUUAUUCCUGCAGGGUGUGCUCAUCAAGUGAGCAAUUAUCACAGCGCCAUCAAAUGCGCAUAUGAUUUCGUCAGUCCCGAAAACGUCAAUCGUUGUGAAGACAUCAAUCAUCAAGUACGUCAGGUAAAAAGGCAAGAUGUAUUGCAGCUCAAAAAUACCAUGUUAUAUGCCUGGGUGAGCGUCUACAAAGACUAUAUGGAUUUGUAAAAAAAAAAAAAAAAACCUAUCUCUGUAAAUACAACAUGUGGGCCUUUUUCUUUCCCCUACUAUUUCAUUAUUCCAAAGCCAAGGCAUCAGUACCAUUCUAUUAUCAUUCUCUCCCUUCUCUCUUUAUCUCCACGUAUGGAUUAUCAUUUUUAUGUCGAUAAAUACCAUCUUUUAUUUUUCUUUUUUUUUUUCUUGAAAAAAGCCUCGCUGAGCCUGGAUAGAUAAAAUUGGUCACCAAAAAAUAUGCAUUCACAGUCUCCUAUAGACAAAGAAUUAAAAGCUAU